CUGCACAAGGAAAAAAACUGCCUAUCCCAGUAUUUGUUGAAGGUAGAUGCGUGUCGGCACUGUACAAUGCAUCUAUCAAAUGAAGCAAUUGGAAGUAGAGAAGCAUCUUCGAACUUUGCAAAAAGAACUACUCAAACCCAAAGUUAUUGAUUUUGUCGAAACUAGUAUGAUGUCUGCUGCUACUAAAGCGAAAUUGUUACAGGAAAUUAGGAAAGAAGUUGGUAUGCCAGCUACUGCUAUAAACUUCUUAACAAUUGUUGCUGAAAAUGGUCGGUUAAAGAAAUUGAGGCGAAUGAUAACUAUGUUUCUUGCUGUAAUGACAGCUCAUAGAAACGAAGCAUUAUGUGAAGUGAUUACCGCGAGCCGACUCAAUGAUUCUAACCGUAAAUCUCUUAUGGACGCCCUUAGAAAAUUCGUCAAAGUGGGAAAGAAUAUACAACUUACAGAAACAGAUCCAUCAAUUAUCGGUGCAAUGAUUGUGGGUGUUGAAGAUAAACACAUUGAUUUGAGUAUCGCAAAAAUGCAAAAGUAUACUGAUUUACUGAAACAAUCUAUUUAA